AUGCGCCCCUGGCAGGAGAACGCGGGGCGGGGCCAUGGGGAGGGGGGUGAGCGCGAGCAGGGCUCCGCCUCCUCCUCCAGCCCUUCCCCUCCUCGGUGGCUCCAGAGACGCCUCAGAGGCGCGGCGGUGGCCGGACGUGUCCCACUCGCGCUCCCUCAGCGUCCGUUCGAGAACGAGGAGUUCUUCAGGAAGCUGAGCCGGGAGUGCGAGAUUAAAUACACAGGCUUCAGAGACAGACCACAUGAAGAACGACAGGCCAGGUUUCAGAAUGCUUGCAGAGAUGGACGAUCUGAGAUAGCUUUUGUGGCCACAGGAACCAAUCUGUCUCUCCAGUUUUUUCCGGCCAACUGGCAGGGGGAGCAGCGGCAGACACCAACCCGAGAGUAUGUUGACUUUGAAAGAGAAGGAGGCAAGGUCUACUUAAAAGCACCUAUGAUUCUUAAUGGUGUUUGUGUUAUUUGGAAAGGCUGGAUAGAUCUCCAGAGACUGGAUGGCAUGGGCUGCUUAGAAUUUGAUGAAGAGCGGGCACAGCAGGAAGAUGCAUUGGCACAACAGGCCUUUGAAGAAGCCCGAAGAAGAACCCGUGAAUUCGAAGACAGGGACAGGUCUCAUCGGGAGGAAAUGGAGGCAAGAAGACAACAAGACCCUAGUCCUGGAUCAAACCUGGGAAGUGGCGAUGAUCUCAAACUGCGUUAACAGAAGCAUCAGCUCUGUCCCAGAUUUGCUUUUGAAACUUGUCAAAUGAUGGAAGUGAAAGACCAGAAACUGUGAUAACUGGGUAUAUACGUCAGUCUCUUCCUUGACCUACGGCAGCCAAACUAUCAUGUCCUGCCAUGGUUUGCACUAUAUUUGUGUUGCAUUACCUGCAUUUUGGUUCUUUAUAAAUGUCAUCAGUGGGAAUUUGAGAUUCUUGUUUUUCUAUGCAAGCUUUUAAUUUUGUUGGCACUAUUUUAAUGGGGAGAAAAACCCUUCAUGCAGCCAUAAAGAAACAAUUCCUCAAACGUUAAUACUUGUUCAUUUCAGAAUAGGUCAACACAUUGCAAAAUAAAAAAAAAGUGACUUCUUGAAAACCAAAAUUUUUUAAACUGAUUUUUAUAUGAGAUUUUGGAAGUUUCUUUUUCUUAAUGUUCAUGCUUUUAUAUGUGCAUUUUUUGUGGUUCUGUCUUUAGCACUUUCCUCCCCCUCUUGCUUUAGUGUUGUAUCACACUUUAUUGUUUCCUUGCAUCAUGCAACCUAAACCAAGUAAAACAGUAUUUUCUGUUGAUUUAUUGAAUUUAACUUUAAAAAUAAAUAAAUAAAUAAAUAAAUAAAUACAUUGCAGUAUCCCACGAUAGAUAUUUUGACAUGCAAGUUAAUUCAUAAAGAGAUGUUCAUCUUAGUACAUUCUGUUGUAGAUUGUAUGAUCUACUUUCAGCUUGGCAGUCCUGUAGCUCUUUGUUUAGAUAACUUACUGAAACUCAUUGCAGUCUGGCUUUGAUUUUAUUUGGGGAUUCUGAAAGAAACUGGGAUGUCACAGUUCUUUAAUUAGGUUUGACAUUUGGCUAGGCUGAGAGUAAAGGUGAUACCUUUAAUGCAGUUGUGUUGAAAACAGCUGCUUUAAUUGUUUUUAUAUCCUAUUCUUACUCUAAUUCAGGAAGAAAUAUGAACUGAGGUAUUUUAACUGUAUGUGGAAAGUCUCAUACUGUUCAGAAAGAUGCUUUUGAUGUUGUUCCAGAGCAAUUUUGUUCCAGUAUUUUCCAACAGCACAGGAUUUAGGAUAAAAUCAUGAGACACUGUCCGCUUUUGCAGUUCAUCCCCUACUUUCUUAUAUUUGUACUCUACACAGGACUUUUUGCCAUAUAUCCAGUAGUUCUUGUUAUUCUGUACCUUGGGAUCUGUGAGUAUCAUUCUUCCAAAUGAGCCCUAAAGAAAAUAAAAUCACUCUGCCCUAGAUGGGGUAGAGUCACUAUCAUCAGAUUCCCAGAAUGUAUUUUAAAGACCAGAUUUCGUGAUUUCUAUAGAACUAUAGUUAAAAGGCAAAGUUUCCAGCACUAUCUUAUCCGUUUAUAUUGUGCUAAACUAGCCUACUGCCUUUCAGUUGGGACUGACAUUUUAAAAGCAGCACUAACCAUAUAGGCAAGAGCAAUAUAAUCACUGUCUGGAAAGAAGUUUCCUAGCUCAUUUUUAAGCCUUUUCUUUCUCACCUUCCUGUGUGAAUCAAUGAUUGUCACCCAUGGAGAACAAUUCAAAAAUCCAGGAUUUAAGUUAUUUGACAGUAGUAUGUCAGAUUUCUUUUUUUAAAAAGCAGCUGUAGCAGAGAUUCACUGCACAGGCAUUUGUCCUGCUGUUUGAUCUGCUUGGAGGAUGGGAUGGUUCGCUUUUUUUACCAGGAACCACACCAUGUAAGUGCUGGUAUGAACCUCUGUGUUCCUGCCUGUACCUUUCUGGUUCCUUUUUGGGGCUGCAUUUUUUUAGACGUGGGUAGGAUCACUCCAUUUUGAUUCGACUCUAGCGUGUAUGAAUGAUGGCCUUGAACCAAAGCUGCUAGCUGGCUGUCCCUUUGGAGAAGCCUUUUUGAAAAUGGAGGGGGGGGGAGUAAAAUAAUCGAACUUCUCAAAUGGAUGAUUUUGCUUGUCAAGCAGCUGAAAGAGAAAGUGUUAAAACACCCUCCAGUGUUAGUUCGGUAGUUGCUAUUGUAGUCCCAACUGUAUUUUCUUAAAAUAAAACUGAAACAAUCACAGGAAAUUUAAACCUCACAGUUGUCAACCUGCGCUUUAAAAUCCUGCAUUAUAAGGUAUUACCUUGAUGCUACCUGAUCACUUGCACCCAAAGUACUGAACAUACCAAGGACCAAAGACUGAACUGCUGAUUUGAAGGAUGAGAGGGCACAAAACUUUUUAUGUAAGUUUUUAAAAGAGAAAAGAAAAAACAGUGAAAGUUCCUUUUUUUUAUUCUGAUUUUUUUUGUUGUUGUUCUGACCAUUUAACUAAUUGGUUCUCAGUCUUUGGUCCUCCAGUUGUUUUGGAUUUCUCAGUGGAUUUCCCAGUGGGAUUUGGGCUAGAAGUCUAAAACAUCUGGAGGGCCAAAGGAUGAGAAUCACUGGGCUAAAGGUUAUGGAAUAACAGCUUGCAUCAUGCCAGACCAUGAACCGCCCUAAUUGGUGGGAGUUCAAGUAAUGCAGUUUUUAAGUGUAUGCUUUGUCUCCUCUGAAACAUGCUUGCAAAUGCCAGUUGCACUGAUAUGCCUUGUGUUCCUUGUUAAUGGUAACAGCUGGAAUUUCCAAUACUGUAGUUGCAAAUAUUUUUAAAUUUUGAUUUAGCUGAUCUGCUGUGUACUACCAUCCUUAGUAUUCUUUAUAUACUAUAUCAGUUAUCUGUUUGGUACUGCUCCACAUAGGUUCACGAAGCAGGAAUGUAUUGUGGUAACAUGUUUUUUGACAUCAUAAUUGUUCCUGUGUAUGUUGUCCUCUUUUGGUUAAGAAAUAAUGGUCUAAAAAUAAUGUCGUUAAAAGAUUCAAAAAGAA